AUGACAUCUGAGCGUUUCGUCCCUCGAGCACUAUCGAUUGAAGACUUGCCGUUACCUCCAGAAGCUGCCAGACAGCAGCAAUCAACCGCUGUGCCAACAGAAUCUACAAAAGUAGCCGUUGUGACCCGGAGCGCGGAUCCUGAAGAGGAAAAGCCAGCUCUUUUCGCCAAUGCGAAGAUAAUUUCCUUCGAGUGGGACAACUCCAGUUCCAAGGUCGCAGCGAGUAGGCGGAAGAAUCAGGCUCGGGUAUCACAAAGGCGUCGUAAUCGAAUCAAGCAGUACCAGAGUUCGAUGGCGGAUGUCAAUGCGUACUCGAGUGAGUUGCAUUUCACGCCGGAUUUCAAAGUCCAGGAGGAAACGCAAAAAGCCGAGCUUGCUAAGAGCCUGUUGCCUCUGGCAGAGUGGACGUUCUUCGAAAGCCUGAACAUCACCAAGAAGAACUCUAUGUUGUUAGAUUUUGAAUAG